AAAUCAAUGUAUUCCAGCUAUAAGGAGUGCUUAGCUCCACCUUCUGCCCUUCCCUCCCCCGGUGCUUAGCAGCAAGCCAGUCAGAGAGACAUCCAGCCAGGGGAUUAGUAAAAACCAAGCCUCCCUCUAGGAAUGGCACUCGUCUGAGAGUCUCCUCCACGCAGGGCUCCCGUCCGCUGCCAGGGCACUGAGAGGAGAACAGUGGGGCUAUUGGGAUACAAAUUACAGCCCUCUCAGGAUUUGCCAGGCAGACCAGCCAAUUGAGAAGACGGGCUAUUGAGAAGGAAGAAAGAGCAAGAACAAGAGACAUAAUGACAGAUGACCAAGACCUUUCAGAGGUGGAAAUGAGCCCGGUGGGUUCCGAAGACCAUCACUGCCUCUCACCAGGACCUUCCAUGGCAUCAGAUACCCCCUCUCACCUCACCAGCUCCGGGAGUGGAGAGAUGGGGAAGGUCAAGAAGGAACAGCAAGACUCAGAGACGGACGACGAUAAGUUCCCUGUGUGCAUCCGGGAGGCAGUGAGCCAGGUGCUGAGUGGCUACGACUGGACCCUGGUGCCCAUGCCUGUGCGGGUCAAUGGGAGCAACAAAAGCAAACCCCAUGUCAAGCGGCCCAUGAAUGCCUUCAUGGUGUGGGCACAGGCUGCCCGCAGGAAAUUGGCUGACCAGUACCCUCACCUUCACAAUGCAGAGCUCAGUAAGACCCUCGGGAAGCUCUGGAGGUUAUUGAAUGAAAGCGACAAGCGGCCCUUCAUCGAAGAGGCAGAGCGACUUAGGAUGCAGCACAAGAAGGACCACCCCGAUUACAAGUACCAGCCACGCCGGCGGAAAAAUGGCAAGGCCUCCCAGGGCGAGGGUGAGGGCCAAGCUGAGGGAGAAGCUGGCGGGGCUGCAGCUAUCCAGGCCCACUAUAAGAAUGCCCACUUGGAUCACAGACACCCUGGGGAAGGAUCCCCCAUGUCUGACGGGCACCCCGAGCACUCCUCAGGUCAGAGCCAUGGACCCCCCACUCCUCCAACAACUCCAAAGACAGAACUCCAGGCAGGCAAAGCUGACUCGAAGCGGGAAGGGCGCUCUCUUGGGGAAGGGGGCAAGCCUCACAUUGACUUUGGCAACGUGGAUAUCGGGGAGAUCAGCCAUGAAGUGAUGUCCAACAUGGAGACCUUCGACGUCAAUGAAUUUGACCAGUACCUGCCACCCAAUGGACACGCUGGCCAUCCAGGCCAUGUUGGAGGCUAUGCGGCAGCAGCGGCCGCUGGCUACGGCCUCGGGAGUGCCCUGGCUGCAGCCAGUGGACACUCUGCCUGGAUCUCCAAGCAGCAUGGAGUCUCCUUGUCUGCUGGCACGUCAUCGGUGGUGGACUCCAAGGCACAGGUGAAAACAGAGGGUUCUGCCCCUGGAGGCCAUUACACUGACCAGCCCUCCACUUCCCAGAUAGCAUACACGUCCCUGAGCCUGCCCCACUAUGGCUCGGCUUUCCCCUCCAUCUCCAGGCCCCAGUUUGAUUACCCGGACCACCAGCCCUCGGGACCCUACUAUAGCCACUCCAGCCAAGCCUCUGGCCUCUAUUCUGCCUUCUCAUAUAUGGGACCCUCGCAACGUCCCCUAUACACUGCCAUCUCUGACCCUGCACCCUCUGUGCCACAGUCCCACAGCCCCACACAUUGGGAACAGCCCGUGUAUACAACUCUCUCCAGACCAUAGGAAAAGGGGAACAGUGACCAAAGCAGCAACAGAAAGGCUCCGAAGAAUCAACACAGGCAGAAGGGCCUCCGAAUUCCGAGGUCAUUCAGUGUAAUCCAGCCAUCAGAACCCACUGAGUAUCCAGAUAUGCCUAUCUUGACCCCGGUUAUCGCUGGCUCACCGCCUAGAGGAAGGUUUUAUCCCUUUCCCCCUCCCAAUUCAAUGUAUGCCAACCUGAUUGGCUUGCAAAACCCUUUUGGCCUUCUAGAUGAGGAUGAUUCUAGGCAUGAAGUGACUGGUCAUGGUGGGUUUCGUUGUGCACAUCCUGGACUGUAAGAUAAGAGAUACCCCCCAUCCUUAACCACCCCCCAACUGCUUCAGUGAUUUAGCAAGUGUUUUGGAUAGGCCACAAUGGACAACUCUUUGUCACCUGUUGUGGGUGAAGAGUAGCUGGCUGAGCACCCUGGUGGACAUGUUGUGGGAGGAGAGGUAGGGCAGUAAAGUCAACUUCCUUGUGAUCAGUGCUCUUCAACGUUCCUAUCUAAAAUUCACACAAGCAUAACUCUUGAUCCCAGUUGGAAGACCAACCUAUGGUUGCUUUCCUAUUGACUUCCACAUCUGCAUCGUAUCCUCCCCUCAACCCUCUCUCUCUUUACUGUACUGUACUGGACUCGGGAACCAUAUAGUUGGCUCUAGCCUUAUUUGUGUCACAACAUACAUGUGGGGGCAGGAGGGCAGGUACGUGUGGCCUCUUGGACUGUUAAGACAACAGGGAUGGAAUCCUCCUUUCUUACCAUUAUUUUGUAUGGCUAGUUUGUUUCAAACAUUUCCUGGUCCCUUCUAAAUCCUUCCAUUCACCCUCUAAUAUUCCAAAAGAUACACUGCCAAGGCAGUGUUUGUCCUUCUGACAUGUGUUUGU